CGACACACGUGAGACAAAGUUGUCUCACAUAAUUGCUCCAUUUUAUACAAUGUCAGAAGGAUCUUUUGCAAGGAAUCAUCUAGAGAAGUAUGGCUGGGAGGAAGGUAAAGGACUUGGGCGGACGGAGACGGGAAUGACAGAUGCACUCAAACCAAAGCUAAAGUUUGACAAAGCAGGGAUUGGUCAUGAUGUAGGAGAACAGUUCUCUUUCCAUUGGUGGGACCAUGUCUUCAACAAGGCGGCAAAGAACAUCCACAUCGAAAACACCGAGGAGGGUGUCAAGGUCAAACAGAAAGGAACCAAAAAGAAUCUCAUCUCCAACAAGAGAAGCACACAUGAAAAAAAGGAUAAGAAGAAACCCCUUAUUUAUGGCUCAUUUGUGAAGCAUGGAACUCUCACUGAUGGAGCAAUCUCUCAAGACAAGGAAGCAUCCUCAUCCUCAUCCUCCAGUGAUGAGAGUGAUGAUGAUAAACCCCUAGCAACAUAUGAAGGCAAUGAUGAGAUGCUCUUCAAGGCUUGUGGAGGUCGUACAGCACACAAGGGUGCAAGACAUGGUCUUCUUCUAUCUGGGAAGCUACAACGACUCGAGGAGCAGGAUAACCUCCAUAACAACAUGAUGAAGAUGGAGAGGAAGGGAACAAAAGAAGCUCCAACCGUUGAUGAGAUGGAGAGAGAUGAAUCUGGUCUCAUGAUGGAGAACAAGAAAAGGAAGGAACAUAAGAGGAGGACUAAAGAGGAUAAUAAAAGUGAGGAAUUGAUGAACUCUUCAGAAAGUCAAGUCACGGACAGGCUAGAUGUGAGAGAAGAAGAAGAUGGAGAAGACGAUGCCCUAGGAAGGAAACAGCGUAAAAAAAAGAAGAAAAGUAAUUUCAAGGAAGAAACCUCAAAUUCAGGGACUAUAGAGGAUACACAUAUAAAUGGUAUCAAUGAAGAAGGGUCGAGCAAAGACUCAAGCUCUUUUGAGGUUGAACUGAAGCAAGAUGAUGAUAGUAUAAGUGCCACAAAGUCUAGGAAGAAGAAAUCAAAGAAGGGAAAGAAGACCAAGGAAAGAACAAAUGUUGAGAUGAUGGAAGAAGAUUUGGAAACUGUUGAGAGGAAUGAAAUGCAACAUGGGGGUGCUCAUGCAGAUGGACCCAGUAGGAAGAAGAAGUCAAAGAAGGAAAAGAGGAGAGUAGAGAUGGAGGGAGAGAUUGAAAACGAUGUAGAAUUGGGAGAUGGUAAGGGCCAGAGUUCUCCAAGAGGACAGAAAGAUAUUAAGAGAAAGAGGAGAAAAGAUAGAUCAGGAGAUAGUGAUAAUGAUAAUGCUAAAGAGAAGGAAGUCGGAAGCGAUGAAGAAGUUAAACCUAAAAAGAAAAAGAAGAAGGACAGAAGAAUGGAUAGGAAGAGACAAAUGCAGGAAGAAGAUGAAGACUGAAAAGAAUAAUGUUAUUGCUCACACUUCUAGCAGCCAAGGCCAAGGGGGAGAUAUACAUAUAUACAAUAGUGAUAUCAUUUCUUGAAGUGGGUCCGAGAAGAAAAGGAAAAGAAAAUCGGACAGGGCCCAGUAGGGUCCAGAAAAUUAAAUCCAACUAUAUAAUUAUAGAAAAUAUAUUUUUAAAAAUGUUUAAAUUAUAUUGGCAAACCAUUAAGUUAAGAUUUUAAUUCUGUUGCAUGGAAUAUGCCUAGUAACCUGUGUUUUUUUACAACAUAGUUCUAUUUAUGUUACAUGUAUAAUGUGCAUAGAGAGAGAGUACAAAAAUCAAUCCCUUUUUUGGGGAGAGGAAUAUGGAUGCAAAUAUUUUGCUCUUGCAGGCAUUUUUCAGGGUGUGUUGUGCAAGACAAUCAAUUUCUCUACAAAUUUCUUCUCAUUUUGUAAGUAGAUCAAUUUCUCUAUAAAUUCCUGCUCUUUUUAUAAGGAGGUCAAUUCCUCUAUGAAUACUUGCUAAUUUAGUAAGGAGAUCAAUUUUUCUAUAAAUUCCUACUCAUUGUGUAAGAAGAUAAAUAUCUCCAUAAAUUCCUGUUAAUAUUGUAAGGAGAUCAAUUUCUCUAUUGAUCCCUGCUCAUUUUGUGAGGAGAUCAAUUUAUUUAAUGAUCUCUACUCAUUUUGUAUUGACAUCAAUUUGUCUAUAAUGUCCUGCUUAUUUUGUAAGUAGAUCAAUUUCUCUAUGAAUUUCUGCUCAUUUUGUAAUAGAGAUCAAUUUCUCUAUGAAUUCCUGCCCAUUUAGGAAUUUGUUUGAUAUAUAUGUACCUAUCAGUCUAAUUUGUAUAAAUGCAACAGAAAUUUAUUUCAUUAAAAAGAACAAUCCU